AUGCGUCAUGUAUUGCUGUCGGUAUUUGAUGGCAUCUCCGAGGCUCUGAAGUUUGAGAAGAAACCAAACCUUCCCGCUACCAGAGGCAGUGUGAUACCCUUUGUCAACUUCAACGCCAAGAAAGAUGCUGAAUUCCUGCACAAGGCAAUGAAAGGGAUUGGCACUGACGAGGAUGCCGUCUUGAUGCUCAUUACGGCUCGUAGCAACAAUCAGAGACAGGAUAUUAAAGCGGCGUACAAGAAGGCCUUCGGAAAGGAUUUAGUGAGCGCUCUGAAGUCUGAGCUGGGAGGCCUGUUUGAGAGCCUCAUUGUUGCCCUGAUGACUCCACCCAUUCUCUACGAUGCAACAAAAAUACACAAAGCCAUCAAGGGCGCUGGGACUGACGAUGAGGUGUUGAUAGAGAUCAUGGCCUCCCGAACUGGGCAGCAGAUGAAAGACAUUGCCAAAGUCUACAAGAAAGAGUUCAGUAACAAGCUGGAGAAAGAUAUCAUGGGAGACACCUCAGGUCACUACCAGAAGCUGCUACUGAUCCUCCUCAAGGGCAGCCGAGAGGAGGGGGUGGACGAGGGCAAGAUAGAGAAGGACGCCAAGGACCUUUAUGCUGCAGGGGAAGGGAAGUUAGGCACAGACGAGGAAAAGUUUGUCAAUAUCCUUGGCAACAGGAGCAUAGAACACCUUCAGAAAGUUUUUGAUGCCUAUAAGAAGCUGUCGGGCUCUGAUAUUGAGGACAGCAUUGAGGGGGAGACAAUUGGAAACCUGGAGAAUCUACUUCUGGCUGUUGUAAAAUGUGUUAAAAGUGUUCCAGCCUACUUUGCAGAAUGUCUUCGUGGGUCAAUGAGGCGCGCUGGCACGGAUGAUGAGAUCCUGACAAGAGUAAUGGUCUCCCGGAGUGAGAUCGACAUGUUGGAUAUCAGAGCCUGCUAUAAGAAGAAGUAUGGAGACUCUCUCUACUCCACCAUUCAGGAGGACACAGAUGGGGACUAUGGGAAGGCCCUGCUCUACCUCUGUGGAGGAAAGGACUAGCGACAGAGCAACACAAGCUAGGGAAGAAAACAGGAGAGGAGAAAAGGAGAUUCUCACAAGACGGUUAUUUUUUUUGUUCCUAAAAAUAAUAAGUAUCAGCUACAAUCAUACUG